AUGGUAGCUCCCACCAAGAGAAAGAGAAAUGAUGAAUUUCCACUUUCGAGGGAAGAUUCCACAAAGCAGCCUUCUACCUCAUCAUUGGUGAGGAAAACUGAAGAAGUCUCUUUUCCAAGAGGCGGUGCUUCUGCUCUAACUCCUUUAGAACUUAAACAAGUUGCCAACGAAGCUGCAAGUGAUGUGUUGUUUGGUAGUGAGAACGUCAAAGCCUCUGAGCUAACGAGUAGGCCCUUGAAGAAGAAGAAAACAACAAAAAAAUCUACUUCCAAAGAUUCUGAAAUUUCACCGAUGAAAUCUGAUGAGGCAAAAGCUGGACUAAUUGAACAUGUAAACUUCAAAACCUUGAAGAGUGGCUCUUCUUUACUGGGUCAAGUUUCCGGUAUCACAAAACAAGAUUUAUGUAUAACUUUUACCGACGGUAUCUCUGGUUAUGUGAAUCUGACACAUAUUUCGGAAGAAUUCACUGCGAUCUUAGAAGAUCUUGAUGAAGAAAUGGAUAGUGAAGCCGACACUCCUGAGGAAAAGAAAUCUAAACUCGAUGAUGCGGAAUACGAAUCAUCUGAUAAUGAAGAUGAAAAAAAUGACAAAUCUAAUGAACUACCCAACUUAAGAAGGUACUUCCACAUUGGACAAUGGUUAAGGUGCUCUGUCAUCAAGAAUACAUCUUUAGAACCAUCAACUAAGAAAUCUCUGAAAAAAAGAAUAGAAUUAACCAUCGAACCUUCCUUUGUUAACACGUAUGCGGAUGAAGACUUGGUCAAAUCUACGUCUAUUCAAUGUGCGGUUAAGUCUAUCGAAGAUCAUGGUGCAAUCUUAGAUGUAGGUCUUCCAGACUUUACAGGAUUUAUUGCUAAGAAAGAUUUCCUUGAUUUUGAGAACUUGUUGCCAGGUUCUGUUUUCUUGGGUAAUGUAACCAAAAAAUCUGACAGAUCUAUUGUUGUAAAUACAGACUUCUCAGACAAGAAAAACAAGAUUACCCAAAUUUCUUCAAUUGACGCCAUUAUCCCUGGUCAAAUCGUCGACUUGUUAUGUGAAUCUAUCAAUAAGAACGGUGUUGCCGGUAAAGUUUUUGGGUUAGUCUCUGGUGUUGUUAACUUAUCACAUUUGAGAACAUUUUCCGAAGAAGAUCUGAAGCAUAAAUUCGCUAUUGGUUCUACCAUUAGAUGCCGUAUUAUUGCUUGUUUAGAGAACAAAAACGGUGACAAGGUUUUGAUAUUGUCAAACCUUCCACACAUCUUGAGACUAGAAGACACUUUCAAAUCUACUGAAGGUCUCGAUGCGUUCCCUAUUGGUUACACAUUUGAAUCAUGUACAGUUAAAGGCCGUGAUUCUGAAUACCUAUACUUGGCAUUGGACGAUGAUAGAUUGGGUAAAGUACAUUCUUCCAGAAUCGGUGAAAUUGAAAACUCAGAGAAGUUAAGUUCCAGGGUUCUUGGCUACAGCCCUGUUGAUGAUAUUUAUCAAUUAUCCACGGAUCCAAAGUAUCUAAAACUGAAGUAUCUAAGGACAAAUGAUAUCCCAAUUGGGGAAUUGAUACCAAGUUGUGAAAUUACUUCCGUCUCUAGUUCAGGUAUUGAAUUAAAGAUAUUUAAUGGCCAAUUCAAGGCUACUGUCCCACCGUUGCAUAUCUCAGAUACUAGACUAGUAUAUCCAGAAAGAAAAUUCAAAAUAGGUUCUAAGGUUAAAGGUAGGGUUAUAUCAGUCAAUUCAAGAGGUAACGUGCAUAUCACUUUGAAAAAAUCUCUAGUUAAUAUAGAAGACAACGAAUUACCCUUGGUUUCCACUUAUGCAGGCGCAAAUGAUAUCAAAGAAAAAAAUGAGAAAACUUUAGCAACUGUACAAGUUUUCAAACCGAAUGGUUGCAUUGUGUCCUUUUUUGGUGGGUUAUCGGGGUUCUUGCCUAAUUCUGAGAUUUCAGAAGUUUUUGUGAAAAAACCAGAAGAACAUCUAAGACUCGGUCAAACAGUAGUACUAAAACUGCUUGAUGUUGAUGCUGACAGGAGAAGAAUCAUUGCCACAUGCAAAGUUUCAAAUGAACAAGCUACUCAACAAAAGGAUACCAUUGAAAAUAUCAUUCCAGGUAGAACAAUAAUUACUGUUGAUGUUAUCGAAAAGACCAAAGAUUCUGUCAUCGUUGAAAUCCCGAAUGUUGGCUUGCGUGGUGUUGUCUAUGUUGGCCAUCUUUCCGAUUCCAGAGUUGAACAGAAUAGGGCUCAGUUGAAGAAGAUCAGGAUUGGUACAGAGCUGACCGGUUUGGUAAUUGACAAAGAUACAAGAACUCGUGUUUUCAAUUUGACCCUUAAAAGUUCUCUAAUAAAGGAUGCUAGAAAAGGAAGUCUCCCAUUAACGUAUGAUGACGUCAAAGAUAUAAGAAAAGAUGCUCCAAUGCACGCUUACAUAAAAUCUAUUUCCGAGAAAGGCCUCUUCGUUGCAUUCAAUGGUAAGUUCAUCGGGUUGAUCUUACCAAGUUAUGCUGUUGAUAGUAGGGAUAUUGAUAUUGGUAAAACAUUCUAUAUUAACCAGUCUGUUACCGUCUAUUUAUUAAGAACAGACGACCAAAACCAAAAAUUUUUAUUGUCGUUAAAAGCUCCGAAAGUCAAAGAAGAGAAGAAAGAAGUUGAAUCUGCUAUCGAAAAUCCCAUCGACUCAUCUAUCAAAAGCUGGGAUGACUUAUCUAUUGGUAGUAUCGUCAAAGCAAAGAUUAAGAGCGUUAAAAAAAACCAACUUAACGUCAUUUUAGCGGCAAACUUGCACGGUAGAGUUGAUAUUGCUGAAGUAUUUGACACGUAUGAAGAAAUCAAGGAUAAGAAGCAACCUUUGAGUCAUUACAAGAAAGACGAUAUUAUUCACGUAAAAAUCAUAGGUAACCACGAUGUUAGGAGCCAUAAAUUUUUGCCAAUUACACAUAGAAUUUCGAAAGCCAGCAUUUUGGAAUUAUCAAUGAAACCAUCAGAAUUAACAUCUAAGGAAGUGCAUACUAAAACCCUUGAAGGAAUCAAUAUCGGCGAAGAAUUAACUGGCUUUGUCAACAACUCAUCAGGAAAUCAUCUAUGGUUAACAAUUUCCCCAGUUUUAAAAGCGAGGAUUUCUCUAUUAGAUCUAGCCGAUAAUGGUAUAAGUUUCUCAGAAAAUAUUGAAUCCAGUUUUCCAUUAGGCUCAGCUCUUCAAGUGAAGGUUUCUUCAGUUGACCGCGAACAUGGCUUUAUCAAUGCCAUUGGAAAAGCUCAUGUUGAUGUGAAUAUGCUCACGAUAAAGGCUGGUGAUGAAUUACCAGGCCGCGUUUUGAGAAUAGCUGAAAAAUACGUUCUAUUAGACCUUGGCAACAAGGUGACUGGUAUCUCCUUCAUUACUGACGCCCUAAAUGACUUCUCUGUAUCAUUGAAGGAAGCUUUCCAAGACAAGUUAAACAAUGUUAUUCCAACUACCGUCUUGGCAGUUGAUGCAGAAAAUAAGAAAAUUGAAUUAUCUUUGCGUUCUGCCAAUGCUAAAACACGUUCGAUCGAAUCUCAUGAUAAUUUGAAGCAAGGCGAUAUUGUAGAUGGUAUUGUUAAGAAUGUGAAUGACAAAGGUAUUUUUGUCUACUUGAGUAGGAAAGUCGAAGCUUUUGUUCCUGUUAGUAAACUUUCUGACUCUUAUUUGAAAGAGUGGAAGAAAUUCUACAAACCUAUGCAACAUGUUGUGGGAAAAGUUGUUACCUGCGAUGAAGAUUCUCGUAUUUCUUUGACCCUCAGAGAAUCUGAAGUAAAUGGUGAUCUGAAAGUUCUAAAAACAUAUUCGGAUAUCAAGAGUGGUGAUAUUUUCGAUGGUACCGUAAAAAACGUCACUGAUUUUGGUGUUUUUGUAAAACUUGAUAAUACAGUUAAUGUUACAGGGUUAGCACACAUUACUGAAAUCGCUGACAAAAAACCUGAAGAUCUUUCUUCCUUAUUUGGUGUAGGUGACAGAGUAAAAGCCAUUAUUCUGAAAACAAAUCUAGAAAAAAAGCAAAUAUCCUUAAGCUUGAAGGCAUCACAUUUCUCUAAGGAUGCUGAAUUACUUUCCAAUGCUGUGGGGCAAUCGGAAAAUGAGGAUGAAGAUGAGGUUAUGGCUGAUGUUGACUUCAAAGAUUCCGACAACGAGUCUGAUGCUGAGGACGAAAACGUCGAAAUGACCGAAAGAAAAACCGGAAUAUCUUCAGAUGGGCUAUCUUUAAGUGCCGGAUUUGAUUGGACUGCUUCCAUUUUGGAUCAAGCGCAAGAUGAAGAAGAGUCUGAGGAAGAUCAAGAAGAUUUUACUGAAAACAGAAGGCACAAGCACAAGAGAAGAAAGGAAAAAAUUAUUCAGGACAAGACCAUCGAUAUUAACACUAGGGCACCUGAAUCGGUUGCAGAUUUUGAACGUUUAAUUAUUGGUAAUCCAAAUUCUUCCGUCAUGUGGAUGAACUAUAUGGCUUUCCAGUUGCAACUAAGUGAGAUCGACAAAGCACGAGAGCUCGCAGAACGUGCAUUAAAGACUAUCAACUUCAGAGAAGAAGCCGAGAAGUUGAAUAUUUGGAUUGCAAUGCUAAAUUUAGAGAAUACUUUUGGUACUGAAGAAACUUUAGAAGAUGUGUUCAAGAGAGCUUGUCAAUAUAUGGACUCUUAUACUAUUCAUACAAAACUACUUGGUAUAUAUGAAAUGAGUGAAAAGUUUGACAAGGCCGCAGAAUUAUUCAAGGCUACAGCUAAAAAAUUUGGUAGCGAAAAAGUUUCUAUCUGGGUAUCGUGGGGUGAUUUCUUGAUAAGUAACAAUGAAGAGCAAGAGGCGCGUGCAAUUUUGUCUAAUGCUUUGAAGUCCUUACCAAAACGUAGUCAUAUCGAAGUUGUCCGUAAGUUUGCUCAGUUAGAAUUCGCAAAGGGUGAUCCAGAAAGUGGUCGCUCUUUAUUUGAAGGUUUGAUUGCUGAUGCACCAAAGAGAAUUGACUUGUGGAAUGUUUAUGUGGACCAAGAGGUCAAAGCCAAGGACAAAAAGAAGGUGGAAGAUUUGUUUGAAAGAAUAAUAACCAAAAAGAUAACAAGAAAGCAGGCCAAAUUUUUCUUCAAUAAAUGGUUACAGUUCGAAGAAUCUCAAAGUGACGAAAAGGCUGUUGAAUACGUUAAAGCUAAAGCUACUGAGUACGUCGCUAACCAUGAAAUACCAAAAACAGAUGAAUAA